AUGGGAGAAUUCGGAGAAUCGCGAAAGGGGUACUUUUUGAAUCGAUUUGACUGUUCCUAACCCGAAGUUUCAAUGAAGUGAUUCUUUUCGCGGGCGACACAAUGGAUAGGUGUUAGCACGCACAUGCUAUUUGGUGUGAAAAGUGAUAAUUAUUUUGAUGCUUGUGUUUUCUUUCCCAGACAAAACUUGGAAACCAUCAUCUCAAAGCUUUCCAAGGAACAACCGAACGGUAGACGCAAUAGUUUUAUGCUGGUAAGUGCAUUUUCUUAUAAACUUCGGAGGCUUCGAUUCGAUUCGCAUCACACUGCCUGGUCGAUCUUGCGUGUUUCAAGUGACACGCUUGUUUGGUAUGCAUGACUAGUGUGGGGCACUUUAUUGUAAAAUUGUACGAGUUUUAGCCCUGUAAACUUGUUGGAAAGCCCUCAUCAAGCAGAUCGACAAGCCCGGCAGAUAUUUACGUAACUUUGAGGCGAACUUUUGUGGUUUUUAUGGUUUCGUGUCUUCGCUAGUCAAACUAUGAUUGAAGCCCUUUGUAGUUCACGAUAAGCAGGCUUGCAUGUAAAUGUGUGAAAUGAGUCGCGUAUUUGGAAUACCUCCUAUUGGUAAACUGCCUUUGAAGCUAACUCCAGAUUGUCGGAAGGCUUUACACUUGAAAAACUGUUUUUCCAAGUAAUGCAAUUACCGUGAGAACGUACCAAAAUCGCCGUUUAGUCCUGCGAAGUGAUAAAAAUCGACGGCGGGUUCGGGCGCGGAGUUUGACCCGAUGAGCUCAUUUGUACAGUACAUAAAUUGGUUCUUCCAGAGUUUCUCAGAGGCCCAUGCGCUUGAUUCGGGCUACAAACAAAAAAGGCCGCUUUUAUUCGGAUGCAAAUCUGCAAAGGAGUCUUUUGUGAUCCUCGAAUUUGAAUGAUGCUUCAAUGAACUGGUACAAGCAAAUAACUCAAUAUGUUUUCAUUUGCCCUGCGCCGCGGAUGAAAUCGAAUAGUAGUGUCACUUUGGCAUAUUCAUAACAUCGUAUUGUUUCUUACGCCGAGUGCGUUAGAAGGCUCUUUUUAGAAUAUAAACAUUAUUCCUUUUUUUUUUUUUUGCACACGUGCUUUCGGCAACGGGCAUGUGGUGUAAUUUGUCUAGAUGGUUUCGGCGUUGAAAUUUCCUCGCUGCGAAGGGCUUGGUGUUGUUUACCACCGACCCUCAAAAUUGAUUGUAACACUGAUCUAGGCGACAUGCAAAGAUGAUUAACCCAAGAAUUUCAAAGGCCAGGGAGCUUAAUUCGCACUGUCAAAACAUGCGUAUAUUGACCUACAAAAACAAAGCCGAAAUACUGAUGGGGUGUGUGACUUGAUUGUGGCAAAUUUACUCCAUCUAUAAGGCUUUAAGUCGAUUUCAUAUUUCCAAGUGCUCUGGUCAAAACGGCAUAGGUAUCCCAAGCAGAAAAUAUGAUAUCAUUCUUGUUAAAAAGCUUUUUAUUCAGUACUGUUUACUUUUUAUUUCGCUUUUGGGUCCAUAGUUUCCUUGCUUGUUACAUUAACUCAGAGUAGGGAGACCAAACUUUUCAGCAAACCGGUUGUUUGUUGUCUAUGGACUGGUUACUUUUAUAACACACUUUUAAGUGUCUCACCUUACAAAACGCAUUUUCUAUCUCCGAAGUUUUACCUCCAUUUUAAACUAAUUAUGGUCUGUAUCCAGGGGUGUAGCCAGCUCAUAGACCUUUAGGCCUGGGCCUACAAAUUUUUGGUUUGAUCACUCUACUGCUGGUAAUAAAUUACGCGUGGUUGGGUAAGCUAAAAAGCUUAAAAGCUUAUGGUGUUGGUGAGGUCAGUGCGUACUAGUCAUGCGUGCAAUUUUCAGUAUAAGUGGAAAUGAAAGUCAGCCAGGCCUACAACUAGUCGAAAAGCUGGCUAUGCCCCUGGUAUCAGCCCUACCCGUAAAUUUGUGCCACCUUUCAAUGAGUGCUGAACCAACACCUUUGGGCCUCCUCCAGGUACAUAUAGUAUUCUCUCCUGUUUUAACUGCAAAUUCUAUCAAGCUAAAUGUUUAAUGCAAGCUGUUAUUUUUAGAAAUUACAACACAAUUGGUUAAAUCCUUCUCUUGAAGUUCAAAGAUAGGAAAUUUCACUUAUUCACUUUCAGAAGUGAAACUGUUAACAAUAAUAUUGACAAGCAAAAUUUCUAUUUUUUUUUUUUUUCUGAGGAUCUACCAAGUGUGUCUUUUGAGUUUCAUUUUAAUGUUGUGGGCGUUUAUUCGAGGCUGGAUGCUUAUUAACUUUUUCUGCCUUUAGGAUGGGUGCUUAUUCGAGGUGGGCACUAAUUCGAGGUUGGGCACUUAUUUGAAUAAAUACAAUAUUAUAAUUAUUAUUAUUAGUUUAUCAAAGCCGUUCUGAUGUUUAUCAGCUGUUUUUGUAUAUUUAUGUGAUUAAACACCCAACCCUAGGAUAAGUGCUCACCUUGAAUACCAAAUAAACUUAAAUAAACACUUCCCUCCAAAAAGCUCUACCAUCCCGAUAAAAUAAAAAUCAAAAGACUUUAAUUCUGUUAAUUUAAUAUGGAAAAUAAUAAUACUGUAACAAAUCGUUGUUACAUCCAACUUUUAAAUAAACACUGCUCUCAAAUAAGCGCUGCCCUCGAAUAAGCAGUGCAUUUGAGGUGUGAAAAAUUUAAUAAAGCUUAUUCAGGUUAUUGUGGUAACUACUCGCCCUAUAGGUAGGGAAAAAUAAUAUGCAACCAGCCUUGAAUAAGAAAAAUGAUCUUACUGACAAUGACAUGGACAAUGACUAAGUACCACUAGAAGACUUCCUCAAAGACCAAUUUUUUUCUUUAGUAUUGUAAAGAAACUCUAAUUGACAGGCUAAAAUUCUGCUUUGGUACAUCUCCAUGUUUUGUUACUAUUUGUUGUUUUGUUGCAAAACAAACUUGUUACUUACUGAAAAUGGUGAAAAUUUAUUAAGCUCAGCCUCAAAUGGCGCCCACCUGGAAUAACUGCCCACUCUUUUAAAGCCCUGAAAUUUAGUAAGCACCCAGGGAGGUUAAUCAAAUAAAUACAGUAUGCAAACAAAUCCCAUAUUGGCCUAUGUGUUUCUGUUACUAUCUUUGAUAGUUUGUCUCUAAAAAGUCCUGGUAACUUUUCUGGCCUAAAACCAAAUGUUAAAAUCAAAUGUUAAAAGCCAAGGAUACUUUAGUUAGUGUGGUUCAGCUGGGUAGCAAACCAGUCCAUUUCGUUUUGUUAAUUGAUACAGUAAAAAACUGUGUGUAAGAACCCUGUGAUUAAAGAAUCUGCAGGGAGAAAUUUGCCAUUUUAAUAACCAAGCAUAUAAGAACCUGUUUAGCCAAACAAUAUGAAGCAGGUUCUUUUAUACAUGUUACAGUUAACUAUUUAACGAUGGGGUUUUAUUUUGAGAUUAAAAAUUUACAUUACAAGAAAAUACUGAGGAUAUAUUUAGAGACAUUGUAACAUUUCAUAAUCAGUCUUGUCAGGCUUAUCAUGAUACAGUUGUGAAUAAAUACUGUACAUUUAGUUUAUUCAUUUUUUCUCAUGAUUAACAUAAUAUGCAAUUACUAGAUUUCCUUUUACUGUAGUUUUGUCAUAUGAGAGGGAUUAUAUUAAUUUUUAGAAACACUGCACCAGUAAAUGUCUUACCACCUGACCAACUCAUGUCCUGUUCAUUGUAUCGACACAAAUUAGUUUCAUGUCAGGUUUACAGAAAGAAAUAUUUUAGGCAGUUUUUAUCUGGCUUCUCAUUUGAGAAACUGUCAACUUGAAUUUGAUGUUUGUCAAAAUCUCUCUAUUACCUUCUCUAUUACCUGUAUGAAAACAAAAACAGCUUUUCAGCUUUGGUAGUACCAAGACUUUUGAGAAACUGCCCCCAUGCACUCGAUUUUUUUUUCUUUUUUCUUGGUUCUUUUUAUAUAUAUACAUGUAUAUAUAUACUUUCAUGAAAAUGGCAGUAAAGUGGGUGGAUGGAAAUAAUAGUGCCGACUUAACCAUCAUCUGCUAAUACGUAACCCUUAAAGCAACUGAUGCUUUAAGGUCUAGGCAUUCCAGCUUUCGUUUAUGAAACAGGUGACAAACAAAAUAGCGAGUGAUGGUCACAUUUAUUUUACUACUUUGUUCAUUGCAUUAAUUUUCUAAGCAAUUUAUCUGAAUUCCUAGUAUGUUUUCAUUUUCAAAAGCACCUCACUUGCACUUUAUAUACCAAUAGUACAUGUAUCUUUUGGUGUCAAGAGCUGUGAACUCUCCAGGUUAAGGCAGAAGCGGGUAACACAUAGUCUAAUCAUUGUCGGAUUACUGGAAUGAGUAAAAGGCAACCUCAAUAAGACUCUGAAUGACCACAGCUACAGCCUGCAAAACACAGCAGUCCUGGCCUCCUCACAUACCUUGCAAAGAUUUUAAUUUGCUAAGCAUAGAGGACUGGCUGUACCCCACCUAGUGGAUUUCCUGCAGUACAGCAAUAACUUGCACGUACUACGAAACUUGAACAUAAUAAUCAUUCAUGUAAAACACUUGGGGAUGAACCAGGGUUGUCAAAAGUAGCCAGCUGCCGGUGAAAAUUGCCCCUACUUGGUUAGUAUCAGCCGGCUACUCUGCUUGGCAUUCUUUACAGAUGGUGUUUUUUAAUUAAAAUAUCCCUGGACUGGCCGUCUACUUCAAAACUUUCUGACAACCCUGGAUGAACAUUAUACUCUUUUCAAACAAACAAUAAUGGGUCAGGAGCGUCUCUGUGCCAACUGUCGCUACUUAAUUCGCACACAAACAUUUCGAUAAUACGUGUAUGUUGAGAUUAAAAUAAUUAUAGUAAUGAACAAUGUUUUUCAAGGCUGUGCUCAAUUGAAGGGAGCUCAGUGCUCUGAGGCUGUGGAAUCCAGGGUGCCCAGUAUAUAAUUCAUAAGAAGAAAGUAAGAUUUCCAGUUAGCUUGGGGUAAAAGUUAGGUGCCUGAUGCCACUAGGCACAGCUAGGAACAAACAACAAAAUCUUUGAAACAUUGCAAUUUUUAAUUUCAAAAGCAAAUUCUCAAUAUUUCUGCCAAUGCAAUCUUUUCUGGUCUGAUAAAUGAAAGCCACUCCAUCUGUACACCAUAAAUGCAAUAAUAAGCAGAACACACUGAGUAUUUUGACGGUAAGUGUCAAGAACUGAAACCUCUAAACCAGAAGUGUCAUCUGACUUGCCUGUUUUCAGCAAAGAUAGGUCCACCAAAAAGGUAAUAACAGUAGGCUAUAGCUCUUUAGAGUUGCAACCCAGAAAUGAGAUACAAUAUUUUGCCCUAAAAAGCAAGCUGAGGUUUUUAUUUUCAUGACUAAAGGGACUCAUGGGAGAUUUCAAAAUAUUCUGGCAGAAUUUAAAAGUAAAGAACUAGAUUCAGGCAAACGGUUUUAAGCAACAAAGAACAGGCUCUUUUAGCCUCUUAGGUCACACCAUACACUGUUGACAGUUUUUGCUGAGUACACUGUAUGAAUAAUUUAUUAGUUAUUUGUAUGAUUAUUAUGUAUUUUAAUAUGACACUGGCUUCAAGCAAAUUUCUAGGUUUAAUUAUGUGGUAGCUGGUCACUUUCUUCUUGUUAGUUUCAGUUAUUUUUGUUGGCAUUAAUUGUUGUGAUUUUCAACGUUAAGGACACAAAAAGUAGAAUUGAAUACCUCAGCGACUUCAACUAGUUUACUAUACAACAAAUAAUUUUUGGAUAUAUAAAAAUUUUAAGCACAAUUUGAGGCUGGUACAGCAACAUUAAUUAAGAUAAUAUUUUAAAUUCUUUGAUCAAAAUAAUUAAUAUUAUUGUCAUUAGGAUUUACUGAUCUGUUAUAAAAAUACUAAAAAAUAACCGUAUCAUAUUACUGACCAUCAUUACAAAGCCCUUACGUCAUCUUUGAAGUGCAAACUAAGUUUUGUGCCACAAUUCAUUUUUUUAAUUCCCUGACAAAAACUCUAAUAAUAUUAUUACAGAUCCUGAUUAAAGGAGAAAUUGUUAUUCUUACUAAUUGUGAAAUGUUGUGCACAAAGUUCUGUAUUCAUGCAUAUGUUCUCAAACUAAAAUUCUCACUUAAUACAGUAUCAAGUUAAAUGAACAAACUUCGAUACAGCAUAUUGUAAAUUAAUAUUAUUUUUUUCCAGUAAUUUUAGCCAUCAAAGAAAUGAGUUAAUGAAUUAUUCAACAAAUUUUGAGCUCAAAAUUUUGUUUACACACCUCUAUUUACAACCCUUUUCAGGAUGCAGAGUAAUGAAAUUGUAUAUUCCCCGUUUAACAAUCAAGUCCUUGUUAGUGAAAACCAUGCCCUGUUGGGCAGCACAUACACUGUACCAACUUACGACAUUUAAAGUAAUGGGCACCCCCCCCCCUGCCUCCUUCCUCCUCUAGGUUUCCAUUACACUUGUAAAGUAAUGCACAAAGUACUUAUUUGCUACAAUUUUUUUGCUUUAUCCAUUUCCAGAUCUCAGGGAUAGAUCACUCAAAUGUUAUGUUUCAUCUUGGCUCUGGAGGAGGUUUGUUGGUCACUUGCUUUUUUAUAUCCUUUAGGCACUGUGAAUUACAUGCACCUUGCAAGCAGAGGUUUCUUUCUGCCAUGGCUUUAAGCAUUUGUAAAGUCAUUCCGGGUGGGUACUCCUGGAAAUUCUUGUGGGGGGGGGGGGGGGGGGCCCCCCCGCGUUUUACAACCCUGUCCCGGGUUUUGUGGUGGGGGGGUUUGGUGUUUUCUUUUUUUUUUUUUUUAUCUUGUACGCAUUUAAUAUACGCACCCACGAGAAAAGGGUUUUUUCUCUGGGCGUUUUAUUAUAUUGUUUAAUUUGGGCCGGGGGGGGGGCCAGCGAUUAUUUGGGGGGGGGGGGGGGGGGGGGGUCCCACCCAGUUCUUCCAAUCCUGACCAGGUAUUUCAGACCAAAAAAUGUCAUUUCCACACCUGUUUAAGACCUUACGUAGGUAGAAAAUGUGUCAUGUUUACUUAGAUUAGAUUGCCAACAAAAAAGAUUUGUUAAAUCCAUUACAAAUUUGCACAUUAGUCAGUUCUUUCUCAUUCGCUUGGAAUUGAAACAAUAAAUAUGUUCAUGCACUGCUGUAGUUCCCUUGAAAGCCACACUGAUUCUGGACCAAAAUGGGCUGUCUCCACCUGUUUUUGGACCAAAAUGGCACAAAAGCAUACUCUUUAGGGCGGCACAUACCUAUUUGGGUUACAUAAGGGAGUAUCCCCCUGGUAGUCAUUCAUGAGGUGUGUCAGUUGCGUAGUUAGUUCAUUUUCAUGCCACGCAAACAACUUUACAAAAUACUAAAAGUCAUGCCAGAUAUAAACCUCUGCUCGCAGGGCACUGUGAAUUAAAGUUGCAUCAAAAUUCACAUAUUUACUAGUAAACAGAUAAUUUGCACUGAUAUCAGGUUACACUAUAAAAAACUGUAACCCCCCUCCAUGCUCAAUGAAGGGUUUUUUGGCUUGACCUACCCCCCACCCCUCACUACCACCCCUCAACCCCCUGUUGAAAUGAUUACUGAUUGGGUUAAUACUUCCCUUUACAAAAUCAAAUUAAAAAAAGAAAAAGAAAAAAAUCUUACUGACAAUCCCCAAAUCAUAAAGAUCGAGAACUAUAAGGAAGGACCUGCCUGUGUACAUGCAGAACACACACUCACACACAAAGGGAUAUUUACAUUCCCCUAACUAUCCUUGCGACACAUUUUUCUUGGGCAAAUGUUGCCUGGAAAUUUGUGUUCCAUUUGUUUGUUUUUAAUUUCUUAAAAAUCUGGAAAUUUUGGUCUAACGGAAAGUGCCCCUACAUUUGAUUCCUGGCUGGACUGUGAAUGGUCUCUUAUUUUUGGGAUAAAUUUUUAUCACUUGAGUGGCAAGUAUGAUAUGUGAGUGUCAAAGAGUGAUGUGAGAAGUGACUGUGAGGCUGCGUGCCUUCAAUUACAUGCAAUUAUGGGUCGUUAUAAAUUUGCCCCUAGUAUGUUUUGCUCGAUCAACUAACUACGUGUAAGAGAAGGGAACAGCUGCUCAUAAAUCUAGCUUGAGGAAACAGCCCACAUUUCCCAGCGAAACGUCUUAUUUUAUUAUUUAUUAUUUUUAGUUCAGAGCAAACACGAUUUUGACGCCAAGAAUCCAAUCGAAUCUGUGGGCUUCUAACAACUCGAAUAUUUUAUUAAAGAAAUAAUAAAAACUGAGUCUUUUUAGCCAGGUAUUCAAUAUUUUCGGGUCAAAAGUGCUGCAGACCAACCUGCUAUUAAAGUAAAAUAAUUGGUAAAGGGUUUUAACUCACCUUUGUUUAAAUGUGGCUACAACUCUGGAAAAGAAUCCAUCGGGAGGAAAAUGGCGGAUUUAAGUUUGCCGCCGGAAGAACACGGAGGGGAUGGAGGGGAUGACGGGAAGGUUACUUCCGCUUAUGGGGUGGGGGGCUGGUGGGAAGAUGUAUAACAUGUAUUCAUGAAGCUGUGAAAAUUCCCCGCCCCCGCCAGUCUGUCCCUUACCCAUGGGUAAACUACGAGCACAAAUAAGGGCGUUAUAACUCAUUAGUAUACCUCGUUUCUUGUAGCCAAAAAGCCAAAAAAGCGCGCCUCACAUCGAGCCUGUUGCACUGAAACUGUGGAGCGAUCUAACUUUUUAAAGUUAGAUUGUUCCAUGGCUUGGAACGAUCUGGCCAUGGAACAAACCGUGAACCGAUACUCCUCAAUUGGAAUGGAGUCGGUCCUGAUAGCCUGCGUAGCAAGCGUUUACCAUUGAAUUAUUGCACGAAAGUUGGAGCGAGAGAGUCGAUGGAGGCAAGGAUCAAAACCCAGAAAAAUCUUUGGACCAAAAAUUAACUCCCAGAACCCUGCAUGCCGAAUUUCCACGCCGGAGAAUUCACUAAAGCAAAAGGGAAUUCCCGUGACGAUAAAGCCAAGCGCGCAAUAAACACGAUGGAUGCAAAAUCACUAGAUGAUACACCCCGGGGGGUACUUUAGGAAUUUCUGGGUGGGAAUGUGCCGCUGAGACCCCGGAAUCCUUAACCUAUAUAUACCAGAGCUAGUUCAGCUGAAUUUUGCUACUCUAUACUAGAGUAAACUCCCCAAAUCCCCCCUAUCCUAGAGUAGCUGUUUCCCUAGUCUAGAUAAAUCUUCUUGGUUGACUAGUCAAAGGACUUUUUACUAUGGGAUAAGAUCUCGGUUUGCGAGACUAAAUAUAUGGGAUAGGAUCUCAUUUGACGAACUUUUGGUAUGGGAAGUGUCGCCGUGUAUGGAUAAUAGCCCACAUAUAUGGUAGUACCCCCCCCCCCCCGGGGGAUACCCCCAAAAAAACCGUCCUUGCUGAAAAACAGCCGCGAAACCCGGAACAUGGUAUGAUAGGUUGUUUUUUAACACGAAUUUCCGUUCGGACAUUCCGACCCCGCCCAGUGUGAGGUCCAAGGGCGACAGCCGACAGGUCACGUGCUCUCUUUGCGCGUUUCUUUGUUGCCGACUGGCAAACCAGUCAUUCCUUCGUUUGCUCCGGUCGCUUUACUUUGCACGCAAGAGCUGUAAACACACUGAGAUGGGAAGGGAAUCAGGCUCCUACAUAUGCUACGUUCUCAAGUAUGCUUUUUACGGUACGUUGAUUUUAAUUAAGAGACUACUGUGCUGAAAACUGAUCGAGAGUGCUUAGGAGCCUUCAAUUCCUGGUCUCCUUCCUGGCGCACUCUUGAUGUUGCUUGAGAUGGUAUCAGCUAGUCUGCCCAGUUAGACUGGCUAUAAUUCGGACCAAAUCCUGAUAUGUCGGAUGUUGCUACAAUUCUGUUCUUUUGUUUUAUAAUUGAAAUUGUUUCUCUGUACCUUUCGGACCAAGUUCAUGGAUGUCUGAAUUUCCGGCGUGGUCAUUGUCGACCAUGAUACGAUAGCGGUGUUAAAAACUAAUUUCCGUCUCCUUCCAAAGGAGGAAACCAUUUCACCGGUUGUCGAGGCUGUCAAUUGCUCGAUACUGUAACCUUCGAUCAAGCGUUCUUUUCAUUUUUUUCAUUUUCUUUUUCGUAAGCGAACACCACUUAAAUUUCUUAAACGUUCGCGACCCCUGAAAAUUGGUAGACCAAGAAGAAACCGGCAAGAAGAAACAGUUUGACAUAUUCUUUUGUUUUCUGUUUCCGGUCAGCGACCACCCGGCAUGAUCACGUCGGCCCGAAAACUAUGCCUGGGUGACCAGGGCUUAUCACUCAAUGGGAUAUCAUUGUUGGCCUAGUUGUUCUACUUUUUCUCGACAAACAAACCAAAAGACGAUCUGAGUCCUUGAUAUAACACUAUUGAGUUCUCUAUUUACCAUGUGGCAGGAAAUUUUGCGAGAGUUUAUUUUAGCGCAUUAGCAUUUUUUUUUUCUUUUUUGGGUUUUGCGGGAACUAAUUUUUGCGAUUCGGACAGAUGGAAUUUUUCUUGCUGGGAAUUAAUUUUUGCGAUUUUCAGAAAGUACCCAGUACUCAGCAUUGAUAAUAUUUUCCUUUUUACGUACGUGCAAUAGAAACACAUAUUUUCGAAAAAUACUACGGUAUGCGAACCCUCUGUAAACAAUGAGAAGUUACGUUUUGCUGGUCUGCCGUCUACUUAGUUUCUUUUGAAUUGGCAGACGGCGUACCAAAUGGCUCAUGAUUAAACAGGGAUUUGUUCAAUAGCAGACUUGCCCCUGUGUUCAACGGGAACCCUAACCUGGUGUAUUCACGUGACCUGUAUUAAUCAAGCAACCAGGCUCCACUCACUUUCGCUCUCGUUCGAAAAGAACCCUUGAUCGUGUAGCUGGCGGUAUUGUGUAGCAGUCGAGUGAGAUUUGGCGGCGGAGCCGUUGUAAUAUAGUCGAACACGGCUCCGCCGCCAAAACUUUAAUCUCGCACCCACACAAUACCGCCAGCUACGCAGGCUACCUUGAUCGUAGUUUUUCCCUCCGUCUCUGCCGUUCUAGCCUGCGUAGCAGCUGCCAUUUAUUUUUGUUAAAAGCCCGCGCGGGGGAACAUGCGAAAGGGAGAGGAUGCCUCCUCUCCCUUCGCGCGUCCUCGAGUCUUCUUCCUUCGCCCAAAAAAACAAACCGGCGCCUGCUACACAGGUUAGGGCUUUGCUUAUAUUCAGGCUCUGGAGAGCUGGUCUUUCUUUGGCUGAAUACUGUUUUGGCUAUUUCAAACAUUUUAAUAGCCCGUGAAACAUCAUCAGCUGAUGUUGCCGUGACUGUUCGAAUUUUAAGCAUCUGCCAGCGGAGACUUCUUUUCGCUUUCUCGAUUUUGGCGAACUCCAAAAAGACUCCGCAUGACUGGAGUAAGAUCCUUGUUGAGCAUUCUCUGCAUUUUUCUUACCCGGGCCUAAUAGCCGUGCCCUUGGUACAGUGGGCUUAGUUUUGACCAUCGGUUUAUCAAUAAACAGGUGCUCGCACUAAAAAACUGGCUGGAAGAGAAAAUAAGAAAACAAGAUUGACUAGUCCUAAUGUUCGGGCUGCGCGAUUCAGGUAGAACUUCCUUUUCUCCUUCUCGAUCAAGAAGACAAAAAAAGGAGGCUUUGUUAUCCCAGCUGGUGACGCACUGCUGUUUGACAAAACUGAUUUUGCCUGUAUAGCAAGCGUGUUGUCUAAAUCUUCUUAUGUGGAAACGCUUCCUUAUGUCCUUGCUACGCAGGCUAAAACUUUUACCGCUAGUUCUGUGUUCUUUAAAAUUCUUUGUCGCUUUUUAAUGUGUCGUUUAGGUGCUAAGGCUUUGUCUGGGCAUAAUUAACAUAAUAAAAAGUCUUUGUUAAUAUACCUUGUUCGAUAUGUCAAGUUCCUGAAAUGUUGGUUUUGUCAUGUUUUAUCGUACUAUGGUAACUAGUUUAGCGAGAAUAACACUUAGUAAAGAAAAACAAUGAAACCAUUAGAGAUGGCGUGUAGUUCCUAUUUUUCAUUUCCAUCUUUAUCUUUCUUAAUGACGAUUUUUCCGCAAACCUGCGUGAAAUACAUUUGCAUUCAGCUGUCAAACUGAAUUUUUAAUUUCGUCAUCACACUUCUCUGAUCAUGAAAGUAUUUUCCUGAAAUAUGAAACACGCAGUUGCUUUUUAGAUACAGCAAUUACCGGGAAAAAAGAAAGUAAUCUAGUCAACUUUUAGACUGAAACGCCGUUUUCCGUGAUCUUCUCUACUUGGUUUCGUCUUGGAUGGGAGCUUUAUUAUUACGAAUUGAAAUAUGCAAUAUGCAAAACCUAUUGUCCAGUGACCAAACUCAGUUGUUGGGCGAUCUUGUGAAUAUAUCUGUUUGUGCACGCAAGUCCUGAAAGAAGUACAAGGGUAAAAAGCUUAUAUGGUUCCAAUGCACUGUUAUUAUCUCGAAAAUCUUGCCUCAGGUAGGCGCUGUUAAGUUAUGUCUCUUAAGUUUUGUCUCUAGAUCAUGAUAUAAAAUCGCUGUUACACUUUUUGGCCUGCGAGAUUUUUCCGGCUUCCUGGUAUUAAUCGUGUGGUUUCCUGGCGUCCUCGAUGUUUGUUUGGUGUCCAUCGAUCGAUUAUAUCAUCCAACCCACCAAACCAGUUCUCAGUUUCGUUGUUGUUCCUAUGACAAUUCGCUAAUACUGUAAUGCCAUUUCCCAGCUAAAUUUUCUGAAAAUGAUCGUUUGUUGUCCUUAUUUUCGAAUGUAUUAGCAUAUCAUAAUUUGAAUUUAUCGGCAGUUUGUCUGUAGCCCAGGCUACCAAACAAAUAAGUAAAAUUUCGUUGCCCACCAUCAAGAGUGAAUUUUUGAGUUUACAGAAAUAGUUUUUGCAACUUUUAAUUCCCAUACCAUAUGAAUGAUUUUGUCCGGAUUCAGCUUUGCAACUCGUCGACCUUGUCCGCAAACUCAACGAUCAACAGUGCCAUAUUUUCAUUUUGUAGUCGAGUUGUGUAGUGAUUAUAAAUGACAGGAAAAAGAAAGAUGUAGUACUUGUGACUAGCCAAUGAGAUUAUACUCUGAGAUUAGGACUUCAUAUUCUGCUUUGCACAUUUUUAAAACGAAGUAUUAGUCACAAACUUAUUUACUACAAUUCCCUGCACUCAAUUUCUAUAAAAUUAUAGCUUCAAGAAUAAACUAUGAUCUCGAUCUUUUAUUCAUACGUGGUGCUUGAAUUUUAUACGUCGACUAGUUGACCCAACGUAUAGACCGGGCGCAUUUCUGUUCAUACCUGUGGCUUUAAUGUAUUAAUAAUUAUGGGAACAUUUUUGAUUCGCCGGCAAAUUAAAACCAGCCGAUUAUAUAUAAGAGAAUUAGUCCGGAUCAACGUUUGAAUGCGCCCAUUAAAUAACGGUCAGGCCACUGGACAUGUAUUCCCUCGCGACGGUGGUUCACGCAAAGCGUCUGGUGUUGUAUACGCGUGUAGAUAGGUCUGUAGCAGGCUCGUUCCCAGUUGUUUAUAUGGGUGGAAUGAUAGAAUGCGACUAUUCUUAUCUUAUAGUGAUCAUGUCUUGGUCAUUACUUUGACCUGAGGGUCCAGGGACUUUCAAUAAAAUUUCGAACUGUAACCUUUCAGGGACACCCAAAGACCAACAACCGUUUUCUCUGAAAUAUCUGUUCGAAGAAUCAAAUAUUGCCUCGAAUUUGCUAUAGGUUGAGAACCGCUAAAAAUUUCUCGGUGACUGUUCCUUUUGUACGAUUUUCGAAGCUUAUCUAGUCUAUAUAUUCCCUACGAUUUACUGAAGUUUAACCACAUUUCGAUUUUGAAGAAAAAGAAAACGUAAUAUUAUUGGAUUUGAAAAAUUGAUGGAAAGAGGAAUACAUAAAAUUGAAACCUUGGUAAAGCUUCAAAUUGCAUCUUAAAUUUUCGGGGAAAUAGUACCGAAGUCCUCGCUUGUAAUUUCGAAAAGACUCAAGUUGCCCUAGGAUGACCGAGCAGAUACAAACUUUAAAGCGCAGCUUGGAUUGCAAGUACUCUAGAUGGCCUAAAAAGUGUUUACAAUGUAUUUAGGAGGAAAUCGUCGUUGGGUACCCCUAACCUGGUACAAGAAAUAUAGUGAGUAGCGCUUUCCUGUGAAGAUUUAACUACCUCAGUGGCCAUGGGCGCUAGAGAGGCGGAAGGGGAAAGUAAAUCCGGGGGGAGGGGAUUCCAUAUAAAAGUGACGGGCAUGCUCGUCGUCUCGGCGCUUUGGGGUGUAAAUUGCAGAUUUUGGUCUCACUUAGGGUGUUUGGGAUAGAAAGCCACUAUAUUCGCCCAUUUAGGUAUCGCUUACUACUGUGCAUAGAGAAAUUUACAAAAAAUGCCCUGACAGUGACCACACAGAAAUCUCCAUAAGGGCUCAGUUUAAACUUAAGGCACACCCACAUUGGUCUCCCUUAGGGGUUUAAUUUGAAUUUUCCGAAGAGCAUCCCCUUCACAUUUAUAUGGAAUCCAGAGUACCCCCCGUUCCCCGGGGGGGGGGGGGGGAAACCCCGGGGGCGUUAGGGGGCCUUUUGGGGCCUGGUUUUUGGUUUUUGUUUUUUACUUUUUCUUUCCCUUUUGGAAAGUGGGUGUGUGGGGGGGGGGUUGUACCUGUAUCCUUCCCAAGGGUCCCAGGAAAGACAAUGUUUAAUUUUCCGAAGAGCAUCCCCUUCACAUUUAUAUGGAAUCCAGAGUACCCCCCGUUCCCCGGGGGGGGGGGGGUAAUCCUCGGGCGCGUUAGGGGUACUUUUGCGCUCUGGUUCUUGUGUAUUGAUCUUACAUUUUUCUCGCCUCUUAGGAAAUGAGUCUGAUGGAGAGGAUGCUGAACCUGAUCUCUUCCAAUGUGGCAAAUGCAAGCAAAUGUUCAUCAGUUUACAGAAGUACUUAAAACACAAAGCUGCCAAGGAUUGUGUUCAACUUCAAGCACAAAGGGUUGUCACCCCUGUCACUAACGGAGAGGUAAAUUGGUAGAGCCUUACUAGGUUAUUUUAAGGGGAGGAGAAAAUCGUGCCAAGUAUGUAAAAUAGCGGAGACUUUUCCUCUCAGUUAUCAUUAGAGCAUCGAAAAUUCCCCUAGACCACCUCCAUAGCCUUAGCUUAUUCCAGGCAUUCAAAUAGUGGGAAGGGUCCCGGAAUGAAGAGCGGAGAAAAAACAAACAAAACAAAAACGCGGAAGAAAGGAAAGGUGAGGUAGGAAGUGCUGUUUUUAGCCUGCCUAGCAGGGGCUUGGAAGUAGUGGGCACAAGAAAAAACGGGCGCGCGAGAAGGAGACACGCGAGGGGAGAGGGAGCUCCCUCACCCCUCGCGUGUCUCUCUCGCGCGCCCGUUCUCUCUUUCACCCACUACUUCCAAGCGCCUGCUACGCAGGCUAUGCUGUUUUUCUUGUUCACUUUUGUUUGCGCCGUCUCCACUACCUGAUGAUCGCCUGGAGAAGGCUACCGUAGCCUAGCAAUACACUACUCUAAAAACUUUGCCGAGUGAGAAGACAGGGUACCCAUAUUUAGUACUGAGAUUACUAAGAUAGUUUGUGAUUGGACAACAGUUGUCAUUGGAAACCAACGACCUGUCAAAACAAUUAGUGACCUAAGUGAGUCCAGCAUUCCCAGCGUAAAAAUUCCACUUGUUUCCAGUUUCCAUUCAGAGUUUGGAGCGGCAGAUUUGCGAAAAUAAUGAAGGAAAAAUUCUCGCCUUGCGGACACCCCGCUAGAACGGACACCCCGAUAAUACGGACAGCAGCUAAUUCCCCUGCAAAAAAAGAGAUGUUUGACUGAAAUAAACUUCCGCAAUUACGGACUCCCGCUAAUGAAGACACUAACUCAAGUUCCCUACAGUGUCCGCUACAAAUGGAGUUGACUUUUAUUUUAGUUAGUUGGCAAUUGAAGCCAGUUUCUGAAACAGCUUGGUUUUUCUCCAGAGCCUGGACAGUCCUGAUGACCAAAACUCUGCCCAUAGCCCAACCAAAAGGUAUGUUUUAACACGGUUGCUAUAGCCUUUAUCCAAGACGAGCUUUAGAGUAAUAAACUGGAAGAAUAUCAGUCCUUCGUUGGUCCCUUCUUGCCUCAUGGUUGAUUUUUCCAGUUUCAGCCUUUUUUCCAGACUGUUCACAGUCUCAUAUUUUUAAACUAGGAAUUGUGCAACAACCGCAAAGAAGUGUUCCAAAAAGCAUGAUGUACGUACAGAGUUGUUGUUUAGCAUAUCAAACUUAUUACUAUUUGCCGUUCUCGUUGCUGUCACCGUAGUCGUUGCUCAAGCUCCCGAGUGUUUUUCCAUGGCGUCAAUUCACUUGCUUUGUUUUCAGUUUGUUUUUUUCUUUUCUGCAGGAAGCAUGACAGGAAGGGAGUAGCAAGAAGGGUAUCAAACUUCUCAUCUGAAGGUGAAUCUGUGAGUCCAGACAUCCCCGUGGUCGUUCCAGAACAAACGUACACUGUACCUCCUUCGGGUCCGUUUCCUGUGCACAUAGAAGCUCCACCCACGUCCAACUACCAUGACUUCUCCAACCCUGUAGUUAGCAUCUCGGUCGCUGAAGCCCUCCGCUCGCACAGUCCUGUUGUGGUUCAACCGACGCCAAACUUCCAGAUGUGGAAUGGAACAGUAAACGAGCAACCCGGCGAAAAUGCGCUUGCUAACCAGUCCACUAUGGCCACUACCAAUGUUUAUGCACCGCUGCCUCAGUCCACCCCUGUGGUAAACCCAGUUCCUAUAACGACUCUUCCUCUUCACCACCCUAGUCAGUCAUCCCAAGGCCCCACUCUUAACCCGCCACCUAUGGAACCCCCACAGUGGACUGGGCCGAGGUUACGAGGGAUGCCUGCGGAAAUUCAGCCUGUGUCUGCUCCACCCCCUCCCCCACCUCCAAUUCACAUGACAAGGAGUAAGAACGCCCUGGGACAGCACCCACCACCCUUGGUAGUACAUCUUAAGGACCGAGGUGUGUAACCAUGGAUACUGUCUAGAUGCCAGUUAUUAUGGAGUUUGAGCAACGACGUUUUUGAACGAUGCACGUCAACCGGAAGUGGACUUUUUGCACUCUUCAGCCGUGAUUUUGAACAAAUUCUUAGGCAAAACUUCUCUUUAAGAGUAAAGACACUUAGUAAUACAAAUUUGGUAGCGUCACGAUAUAUUAAAAGAGAAAAACGCUCACUUCCGGUUGACGUUCGUCGCUCAAAAACGUUGCUGCUUAAACUCAAAGGAGCCAUGUCACGAGGUGUACCAAAAUUCAAAGUGUGGGAACCGUCACAAAACCGAGUGAAAUAAAAAUUACCGGUAUAUAAAAAAAAUGAAAUAAAAUAAAAGUGUAAAUAACACGUACAAUACAAAGAGAGACACGGAUGGACAAGCUUAAAGAAGAUUGAAACGGAUUGCAAUUGUGCUUUUUGAAAAUUUGUUUGCCAAGCAGUUUGGGAGACAAGUUUGUUUGACACACAAAGCUAUAGACCUCCUUCCUCAUGGCGGCCUAUUAAUAUACUCUUUUAUACGUAUGAUAAUUAACCUCUCUGACCUCGUUUGAAAGUAAGAAUUCUUUUGUAUUUUGCACAUGCUAACGAGGUCAACCAGUAUGAAAGAGGUGUAUGAUUUUGUCAUUUACAAGUAAUUUCUCAAGUUUCAUAGCAAAUAAGGGCGUGUAAUUGACACUAUUAACAAAAUUGAGACAAAACGUGGCACAGCCCUCAGCGCCUAUAUAAAAGGGGCGACCUAUCAGGUUGUUUGGAGUUCUUCAAAAGUCCAUUUUAGUGGUAAAAAAUACCGCUGAAUGCAAACACUAGUGACAGAAUGAUAAACGGUUAGCCUCGUCCCAAAGUUAAAUAUUUACAAAUACCGGAAGGAAGUUGCCCGAAAUUUUAAAAAAGAAUAAACAGUAGAGAGAGUGUAUCAAGUUAGGGUUCUGGGAAACUGCCCACCUACCCCUACCCUAACCAAACAUUUUUCCCCAAACGUAAAGUAAGCUUUAAUGUUGGCUUAGGGGAGGGGUAGGUAGGUGGGCAGUUUUCCCGUCUCUCGCGCUUUUCCUGCUUGGCUAAAAGGAACGAAAACGACGGCUACGCUGGCUAAAUCAGGGAUGCCGAGAGAUAAAUUCAGGAAUUGGUCAGGUGGGGACUCAAACGCACCACUUGGCCACGCUGCAUCCUUAGUUUGAAGGAGGCGAGGCUAACGGCUAACGUCACUUCCCACUAAAGUAAUUAUUAUGAACUGAGGCGACCUCUUUAUCACAGCGUAAUAUUAGUCUGGUCAUUGGACCUGCCGGGGCUCAAACCCGCGACCUCCGCUUAACAGACCUAUCGGCACUCUACUAACCAAGGAGCCCAUAACCCGGCGCGAGCAACUCCCAUACUAGGCCUAUGUCACGGCGUGUUUAAGGACCAGUUUAUUUUUAGACACAUUUUAGGGCACUUUUUCCCGCGAAAAUAGAAUCUCCACCAUGUCUAUGAGCAUAUUCGAAGUAUAAGAUAUCAAAAAGGAAAACUAAUCGUUAUUAAAAGACAAAAAUAUCAUUUUUAGGUCUGAAAAUUUUGCUGACUGGUUUAUGGAAUUUAAAAGAUAUUCAAAACUCGCGCCAAAACCGUUCUAAAAAUAAACUGGUCCUUGAAAACGCCGUGACACGAGCGCAUGGAAGUUGCUCGCUCCGGGUUAUGGGCCCUUGACUAACCUGAGAAAACAGUCGACAUUUUGCGACGCAACCACUGGUCUCCCAGCAAAUUGGCGUCUGAGGAACGAGCGUAGAAAUUCCAUACGGAUGACGCUUCACCACUUAAUUCUAAGUAGUGCCUCUUAUUGGUUGAAGGAAAUUUUCCACCAGUCAGAAGAGCUACCCAGGUCUGGGCUGUGUCGGCUGUUAUCUCAGGCUAGCACUCUACCAUCUAGCUUAUCCCACGGGUCGUCUGCACUGCCUCAACUGAUGUUGUUUAUGUUUUCUAACUUAACCGCAUUCAGGUCGACCUGUAAGAGCAAAGGAGACCGGUCUGACGGAAGAAGAGCUAACUGACGAGAUUGUCACCUCUUCGGGCCAAAAGAUUUAUCGCUGUAAAAAGUGUGAUAAAGAAUUUUCGUUCUCCAGCCGGCUGAAACGUCAUCUUUUGGUCCACACGGGAGCGAGGCCCUUUGAAUGUCACGUGUGCUCCCGCCGUUUCACUCAGGCCGUAGACUUGAAACGUCACAUGCUACGUCAUAGCGGCCAAAAGCCACACGUGUGUCACUUUUGUGGCAAGCAGUACACUAGAGGAGAUCGGCUAAAAGUACAUCUUUUGUCGCACACUCAGGAAGACAACUCCGAGAAACCUUACAGCUGUUCACGAUGUAGCGCGUCCUUCUUCGAAGCGGAACAACUGAGACUACACGUAUGUGAACUCCAAGACGGCGGCCAACAUAUCAUGGCAAAAGGUAAAAAAUGGUAUUGAAUUUUAGAGACGGCAGAGAAGAAUAUAGGCUCUAUCACCAGCCGCUGUUCGGAAAAUGAGCCCGCGCUCCUUCCUCGAACCGGAGGACCAAGAGAGCGGGGGAACGAGUACGGGGAAAGGGAAAAUGAAGAAUGAGAAGAAAGCAGGGAGUUGGAAAUGAAGUUACUGAUAGGGCUAGGGUUCAAGUUAAACUUGUUUCCCAUUUUUCAUUUCCCUGUCCCCCACUUGCUCGUUCCCCGCUCUUCGUUCCCCGUUCUAGUAACAUUCGGUAAUCGAGACUAAAGGGAGAAAAAUUUCACAGAGUCAGUCACUACACUCGUUACGUCACAGUGCAUAAAGCAUUUUGCUCGCUAAUGUUGAAAUCCGGGUAGUUACGCGUUUCCGAGAAAUAAUUACUAUAUUGUUUGGUGUUCUUUUUGUAGGCGAUGCGACCGAAGGCGCCGAGCGAUCUGAGCGGCACGGCAAAACCUACACUUGUGAUGAGUGUAAUGCGAUCUUCACCAAGUACACUUCGCUAAAGUCUCACCUUCUGAAACACUCUGGCGAGAAGAAGUACAAAUGCGACCAUUGCACUAAAACGUUUUUCAGCUCUAGCAGUCUUAAAAUACACGUUCGAGUUCACACCGGGGAUCGCCCGUUCAAAUGCAAGGAAUGCCCGAGAAAGUUUAGCGACCCGUCGAAUUUUAACAAGCACAAACGCUGGCACGCUAAGCAAAAAGCGUCGAACGCGGGGUCGACCACGCUGUCCAGCAUCUCCGAAAACAGCUCUUCGCCCGAGAACAAGGAAAAGGAAGUGACAGAGGCAGGACAGAGCAGCUCAGGGGUGGCUGAAGAUGAAGCUGUGAUUGGAGAAGGCAAUGAAGCGGAAGUGGAGCAACCGGAUGUAGAAGGAGGUGCGAAGGAUGACUUGAAGGAAGAUUUGUUUCCGGAAGCGGGUCAAGACAUGGAGGUAGAAGAGUCAGGCGGGUUCAAGUCACCGGAAGCCUUGCUCAAUAUGGAAGGCACAGUUAAACAAGAGGUAGAAACUGAUUAGAAGGUUAGGUUAGGGACUUUGUAUCGUAGGAUUCCGACAGAAUGGGUUCCAGCUACCAUUACAAUCUUCCAUUUAAGCAAGGACCCCAACGUUCGCGUUACCUUUUCGAGCCGCUAUUAUUUGCAACACAUUUAUCCAAAGAUGGCUAAUUUAAAUUUAGAAAGGGAAAAAAGAGUUUGCCUGAGCACAGGCUCCGUAGUUGGGAAUAAGGCAAAAACAAGAACAAAAACAGAAAAAAACAACGGUAUGAAACAAGAACAAAAAAUCGGCGAGCGAAGGGAGCCGAGCGAUGGAC